ACCGAACCCCAAACCAAGCCUCCAGCCUCCAGCCCUCCACGGCGCCAACUAGCCCCCUCCAUCCUCCCGUCGCCGCGCCGACGAUGAGCUCCUCGGCCGCGUCCCCUCCCCCUCCUUCUGACCCCCACCCGGCUCCCGGUCCCAAUAUCGCCGAGCCCGCCUCGUCAGGCAGCCACGCCUCCCCCUCGCUCCCCUCCCCGCCAAAACCUAACCUCCCAGUCACCACCCCGCCGCCCCGGGACACCUCGGCGACGACCACCACCGCCGCUGCGCCGUCCGCAGCCACCCGGGGGCUCACCAUCGCCGCCCCUCCAUCGCGCAAGACUUCACGGGCCAACGCUACCGGGCCUUCCCGAAAUGCCCCGCGAGGUCCCAACGCCACCGCCACCGCCACCGCCACCGCCACCAGUGCGGCGCCGCCCAGAAAUUCCUCAGGGGCUACCGCAUUUACUCCAGUGGUGUCCCGGCACCCCGCGGUCGCCACCGCCGCCGACGCCGCCACGGCGCCCACGAAACCCCUUGGGGCGGGGCCCGCGGCCGCGCCUACGCGGCCAGAGGAGUACACGCCGCGGAUGGGGCAGGAGUUCGGGUCAGAGCAGGAGGCGUACGAGUUCUACCGCUACUACGGCUGGAAGGUGGGGUUCAACGUCCGCAAGGAGUACGCCAACCGUAGCAAGAAGACCGGUGAAAUCACCUCCCGCAAGUUCGCCUGCUCGCGCGAGGGUCAUCGGGCCAGUCACACCAGCAAGGGGCCGGUGCCGGACUCAAGGACGGGGUGCAAUGCGCACCUCAUCGUCCGGCGACCGAAGCCUGGCGCCAAAUUAGAGGUCUAUGCUUUCCAGCCGCGGCACAACCACCCGCUCGCCCCGUCCUUCGUGACCUGCCCAUUCCUGGGGACGGCAGCAGCACCUGAUGCUGUUCCGCCUCCGGAUUAUCCAGUGAAUGGGGGUGAGCCACUGGGAGUGCAGAAUUGUGCAGAAGGGGACAAUGCUGUGACUGCGAGUGCAGGGGAAGGUGGGCAACGGAGGCCUCUGCGGAUGAGGAGGCAGUGGGAGAUGAAGUAUGGGGAGGCUGGCACUUUACUGAAUUACUUUCAGGAACAGUCUCAGGCUGACCCUGGCUUCUACUAUGCAGUGCAGUUGGAUGUUGAGGAUAAAGUGGCGAAUGUAUUCUGGGCAGAUGCGAGGAUGGUUAUCGACUACAGUCAUUUCGGUGAUGUUGUCGCGUUUGAUGUGGUGUCAAGAAACAGUAUUAGCCUCCGUCAUUUCGCCUCCUUUGUUGGCUGCAACAAUUUGGGUGAGCCUAUUCUUUUCGCCCUGGCGCUCAUGUAUGAUGAAACUGCUGAGUCUUUCCAGUGGCUGUUUGAGACAUUCCUGCAUGCAAUGUCACAGCAAGCGCCAAGGACUUUCUUUUCACAUCAAGACAUGGUUAUAGCAAAGGCCGUGUCGCUGGUGAUGCCUGGUACAAGUCAUGCUAUAUGCGCAUGGAAUCUAAAGCAUGCUGCAACCAGGAUUUUGAAUCAUCUUGGUAAAGGUGACUGCAGUUUUAUCAAGGAAUUCAAGGCUUGCAUCAAUGAGUAUGAGGAAGAGAUGGAGUUUAUCACUUCUUGGAAUGCUAUGAUCAAUAAACAUAACCUUUGUGAUAAUGUAUGGUUGCAAAAGGUAUUUGAAGAAAAAGAGAAGUGGGCCAAACCCUAUGUAAAAGGAAUAUUUUCAGCAGGGAUGAAGGGUACACGAUUUAAUGAUAGCCUGCAUUCUGAGGUGCGGGAUCAUUUAAGAGCCGAGGUGGAUAUUAUUUUGUUCCUGAGGCAUGUCCAAAAAGUGGUCAAUGAUAGGCGCCACAAGGAACUGGAAAUUGAGUAUAGUUCAAGGCUUAAGUUGCCUUACUUCAAGAUUAAAGCUCCUGUUCUACUACAAGCUUCCGAGGUCUAUGCCACUAUGAUCUUUCAGCUUUUCCAAGAAGAACAUGAAGAGUUCCAGUCAGCUUACAUUGUGAACCGUGAUGAAAGUGGCCCGUGUCGUGAAUAUACUGUUUCAGUUAUUGAUAAAGAGAAGCAAUUUAAGGUUUAUGGAAACCCUACAGAACAGACGGUUUCUUGCUCAUGUAGAAAGUUUGAGACAAAGGGUUUCUUGUGUAGCCAUGCACUUAAAGUUCUAGAUGCUAUGGAUAUAAAGUACCUACCAGAUAGAUACAUCUUGAAGCGCUGGACCAAAUAUGCUAGGUGUUUGACAUCCUUGGAGGCUCCAGGUCAAACAUUUCAAACGGAUAAAUCAUUGGAAUUCUCUAGUCGCUAUCAAUGCAUGUGCCAGAAGUAUGUUAGGCUUGUUACUCGAGCAUCGGGAUGUGAAGAAUCGUAUAGAAUACUAGACAAAUUUUGGUUGGAACUUGGAAAGAAAGUUGAUGACAUCUUAUUAAAGCAAACGAGCAUUAGUACAUCUAUGAUCCAGCCUGAUGUUGAGAAUCCUAUGAUAUCCUUGUCUUCCAUCACAGAUGGCACAGAAUCAGAAAAUGUCCUAGAAAAAUCAAGCAAGGCAAGAGCAAAAGAAUCAAAAAAGGGACAAAAAAACAAAAUGCAACCAAGAAACUGCAUUGAAAAAGGCUUGCGAAAGAAGCAGAAGGUGCUUUCGGAGCAACCGUCAGUGAUGUAUUCGUUAGCUGAUGCUUCUGCUCGAUCUGGAAAUGCUACAUUUCAGGACAUACAGGGCUUGGAGGCACAUCCUAACAUGGUUCCUGUGGGCAGCCAAGUUCCAGCUUGUAAAUCUUGCAGGGGGGUGGACCUUUCAAAUCCCAUGGAACCAAUCAAUUAUGAAGGAAUGCACCCUGGGUUAAGUCCCGCUUUCACUCAGGAACUAGAUUUUGUCACAUAUCACACCUCUCUGGCAUCAAGUAAUAGCCCUCAAGACCAGUAUAAUAAGCACUUGGGCACAAAAUCAACCAACUCCACCAAUCUGCAUUCCUCAUUGACAGGGCUUAUAGAAAUGAAUAUCUGGCUAUAGCACACCGCGCCUGUGCAUCUAUUGAUUCUGGCUGAGUUCAUCUGAAGACUUCUGAUGUCUUCAUGCCAUUUGUCAACUGUGAAUGGCCACAAGCAUCUGCUCCAUCAGUGGUCAGUAGUAAGAGCGCUGCCUUUUUUGUUCGCCAGGAGCUUAUCGAGGACUGCUUCGUUAUCUGCUGACUGACUUUGGAUGAUUGGAUAUAUUCAUAGUAAAAAAAGCUCCCAAUCCUUUGGCGAUCUUAUGGAGAAACCCCUCAUGCAGUUGCAGAAAAGAAGUUCAUUAUCAUUACAAACUGUGAAAGGCCCACAUACAGCAUAGACAUCACACUGAGCUUUGGGUUGAGCGUAGCUCAUUAACCAUUUCUGUGAGCUCUCAAGCCAAACAAAUGUCUUUGUUCGACCUGAGACAUCCAAUAAAUGAUGGGUAACCGUUCUUUCAUCUAGUAAGUCGUAUGUGAAGUACUGCUCUUGGUCAUUGUUGACAAAUGUAAAAUUGAAAAGAAAAGGUCCUGCCAUCUCGGGCACUGAGGGAAAGUAUUGGCCGUUCCAUACCCCGCUGAACCAAUAUGGAGCUAGGUCGAUCGAGUUCUUCCUAGAAACAAGACGGCGGUUCAGACCUGUAACCUUGUCCCAACCAAGUUUUGCACCAGGGAGGAAAGUAUCUGUGGGAUAGUCAAAGCUCUGCCAUAAUACAUCAGAUGAGUUUGUGGAGUUCUGUAGAAUGAGGUUUCCAUUGUUCAAUAGUAUAGCUACGGUGUUGUUGGUUGUGGUAUUUGCUUGUGUGGACCAGACCAUGGAGUUGGUGGCUCUGCUGAAGAUGACAAGGUUGCCAUUAUCAGAGAUUUUAAGCUCAGAUGAAGUCUGAUCAGUGAGUGGGUUGUCACCAUUCGCAACCCAUACUUGAGUUAAUUUUGGAACUCUGUUGAACCAAAUACCUAGGUACCAGUUCAGGGUGUUUUGGGAGGACUUACUGCCUGUCUGGAAGAAUCCGAGUGCAAACUUGCCAUUGCUGGAGAUGAGCUUCUCACUGCCGACAAGUGCUUGACCAGGUGUGAUGGUGUCUUUGGCAGCACAGCAUGGUAGGAUGUAUAGGAACAAGAGAAAUCCACAAAGGGUGGGGAUUAGAGGCAUGGUGAAGGACGGGGGAAGUUGGAUCUGGAUCAGAUAGGUGUGUGGUGUAAAUGAUAAAUUAGAAACAUGAAGCUGUACAUAUAACACUCAGCGACACAUAGUUGGUGAAGUCGAGUCUUACCGGUUGGUUCUGAAACUAAAGAACACAGUAUGGUCUAAUGCAUGCUGACAGUGAUACCCAUCCUUAAUUUACUUAUCAAGUGGCUGAAACAAUGUGAAAGAAGGGGCAACUGUGGUCAAUAUUUUUUUGGCUAUUCUUCUGUAUGAUGUAUGAAUGCAUAUGCUGCAAAUUACAUGAAAAAACAGUAAAUAAUUAUUGCAGUCUAUGUGCCUCUUUCCUCCA